UUCAUACACACAACAAGAAAACCAAAAGGCAUUUCUUGUCAACAACCAGUCAAGUAUUGUAAUCUACCAUGAAAGUAAUAUUCUCAACCAGGAGAAAUACAUUCUAAAGGUCAAAUUAAGUAGAUCAGAACAUAUCAGAGCUAGGGGGGAAGGAGAAUGGAGAAGGUAACGCACAAGACGGUGUUAGUGAAUGGGAUAAACAUGCACAUUGCAGAAUUGGGGGAAGGCCCCUUGGUCCUCUUCCUCCACGGCUUCCCUGAGCUCUGGUACUCAUGGCGCCACCAGAUCCUCUUUCUCGCCGCCCAAGGCUACCGCGCCGUUGCCCCCGACCUCCGCGGCUACGGCGACACCACCGGCGCCCCCACCGACGACCCUUCAAACUUCACCGCGUUUCGCGUUGUGGGAGACCUCGUGGCUCUCCUCCAAUCCAUAUCUCCAGAUGAAGACAAGGUGUUUGUUGUAGGUCAUGACUGGGGUGCACUCAUGGCUUGGUAUUUGUGCAUGUUUAGGCCGGACAAAGUGAAGGCUUUGGUCAACCUCAGUGUUCAUUUUUUCCCUAGGAAUCCUCACAUGAGCCCUGUUGAUGGGUUCAGGUUUUUGUAUGGAGAUGAUCACUAUAUCUGCAGAUUCCAGGAGCCUGGAGAGAUCGAAGUUGAAUUGGCCCCUCUUGGAGUCAAGACAUGUCUUAAAAACUUCCUUACAUUCCGCAAACCAGAACCGUUUUAUUUUCCUAAAGGCAAAGGGUUUAGUGCCAAUACAGAAACAGAUGGUUCAACUGCCCUGCCAUCUUGGUUGCCGGAGAAAGACUUGGAUUAUUUUGUCAGCCGGUUUGAGAAGACAGGCUUCAUCGGAGGAGUUAAUUACUACCGCUGCGAAUUUGAACUGGGAGCUGACUGCACCCUGGACUGAGGCAAAAGUGAUGGUGCCAACCAAAUUCAUAGUUGGAGAGCUGGACUUAGUUUACCAUAUUCCAGGUGCAAAAGAAUACAUACACAAUGGAGGGUUCAAGAAUGAUGUGCCAUUGCUGGAAGAUGUGGUGGUACUCAAAGGUGUGGC